AUGUCGAAACACCACAACGACCAGAAGGUCGACGGCGGGCCUGACGACGAGGCGGAAUACGACAUCGGGUCGAAGUUGGCCUUCUUGGCGAGCCCGGUCCUGCCCGACGAGAAGAUCCGCAGUCCGUGCGUACCCCCUGAUAUCGACGAUCUACAGGAUGUGGAGGCCCUGGGGUACCGUUACGAUGUGAAGCAGAUUCCGUAUUUCGAAAAGCUGUUCUACGAUCUGUGGUUCGUUGCGAACCUAUCAAACUUCACCAUUGUCCACGAAGUCACCGAGUCGUCCAAGCUGUGGUCUUAUGUCGGUUACAUUAGCAUCCUCUGGUUUAACUGGUUUCUGGUCGGCAUAUUCGAUGUUCGCUUCGUCACCGACAGCAUAUUCGAGCGGUUGGCUCGCACCGCGCACCUGGGCGUGAUGGUCGGAUUCUCGGUCGUCGCGACGAAUUUCGAUCCGGAUGCUCAGAAGAAGGGAACCUUCCAAGCCUUGUCCCUGAUCCUCAUGGUCUCAAGACUCGUGCUCGUCGUCGAGUAUCUAGCCAUCUUAUGGCACAUACGGAAGUUUCAGCACGGCAAGAUACCCUUAGCGAUCGUUAUUGCCUUUCACUUCAUAGCCGCCUUGGUGUACCACGGUAUAUCGUUCCGAUUUGAAGACGGCAGGAACAGCAGGGUCUUCGUGGCGUGGUAUGUCAUCGCCUUGAUGGAGGCGAUCUUGCAGUUGGGCCUCUCGCUCUCUUCCCAAGCACUCAGUUUCAACGGGACGCAGCUGACGGAGCGGAUGAAGACUUUGACUCUAAUCAUCCUCGGAGAAGGUGUCACGGCCAUAGCGAAGAACGUCAUCGUGAUCGUCAAGAAUAACGGUUGGACAUCUGCAACCAUUGGGAUACUCACCGCCGGCAUCGCAACGAUAUACGUGGUGUUUCUGAUAUACACCAACUGGAUGGACCAACACAAGCGUCUGGCGGGCGUGCGCCAGCUGCUAUGGUCUUUUCUACACUUCCCAUUGCACGUCUUCCUAAUUCUCUUCAUGGAGGGCGUGACCCAGUUCCUACAGUGGUGGAAACUGCUCGAAGUGCAAUUGUUCGCCUUCGACCAAUUCGACCACGCCUUCACCAAUCUAGAUUCAAACCUCCCCAAGGACAAGGCCACGCAGGCUGUCGUCGACUCGCUCAACGCGACCGUCAAGUACAUUUGGACCAUGUACGCCCCGACCUACGCUAUAACCUACGAAGAGGUCGACCGGGUUCUCUCCAACGUCUCGCAGAUUCCCGACGCCUACUGGUACGAGGACUUCACCGACCCCGCCGUCGACGACGUCUUCACGCAGGACAUCUCGGACCUGUUCGCCACGGUCUGCAACUCGGUCUUCGCCAACUUCGACAUCGAGCCCAUCAACGCGACGCUCCUGGACGCGACGGGCAACCGCUUCGUGCUCGUGUUCCAGUACGUCUACGCCACGGCCGGCCUGUCGCUCGUGCUCAUGACCGCGCUGCACGUCCUGACGACGCGCCGGCGCGGCUGGACCUGGUUCGGGUACAUGCGCGCGGCGCUGUUCGCGCUCAUGGGCGUCGCGCUGGCGCUCGUCGAUCUCUUGUCGCUUGAUGAUGUGAAGGGCUGGGUCUUCAUCACGACCCCGUGGCCGCUGCCCACGCUGUGCCUCGUCUUCUUCUCCGUGCUCGUGCUGACGCACGUCCCGUGCCCGCCGCGGCUGUUCUUCCGCCGGGGAAGAUUUGGGAUGCGCGGGUUUGCCAAGCUUCGGGACUCCAGCGGUGGGGGUGUGGAAGGUGGUGGUGGUGAUUAUACGCACGUUCAGGACGUGAGCGCUGGCUUCGAAAUAAAGCCGGUCCGGGGCUUGGGUCUGCGCGAAGACAAGGGCGCGGGGCCGACGAUGGCGCAUGCGGGCGCGGGCAACUAUGGGUAUGGAGACCAGACGCAGAUCUACAGCAGCUCGUAUGCGUCAGACGGUGACGACCCGGGGCUGAGUCCCGCGUACCCCGCUUAUAGCCAGGAGCAGGCGUAUCAUAACAUGUAUGGGCAUCCGGGUGAAGAUAGCAUGAUGGGCUCUACGGGUCGGUAG